CAGUGCUACAGUGCGUUGACAAUAAUUGCGCGGGAAUUUAUUUGUUUCUCCCAUCAUUCUUUUAUUUUUUCUCUCGAAUCAACUAAUGGGCAACUUUAAUAAGCAAGCUUUUUCAUAGACGAUGGGCCCACGGAGUGGAAUGAUUUUUCUGCAAAACUGGUACAAGGUUAGUGGCAAGUGAGUGGGAUGGGGGCGACACUGCACUGACUCCCUGUCAUCCGGGAGAACCAAUCAGCUGGCUGCGCGGUUUUUCCAGAUAUUUCAUCAGGAAUGUCUCUUGCAAAGACAAUCCUGUAAAAAUCCAGCAGGAAAAAUUCUACCACCAUCCCCAAUUUAUUCAUAAGGACAUUUCGAAAAUUUCUAUACAGAAUCAUUCAUUCACUCUAGCAAUGGAUUUUGUUUUUUGUGUUUUAAUACAGUACUAUAAUAUUGUCCUUGAAGCGCUCCUCCGAUUCUAUUAAAUAUUAUUUUUUAAUUUUUUAAUUCAUUUCUCCAACGGAACUGUCAUUAAAUUAAGACUAAAACACCUAUUUAAACUUUUUAAAUGCUUUACAACAUCUAAAACUCGUUCCUAUUGGCUUAGCCAAUGGAAAAGAAGGAAGUGCAUUUUAAUUUUUCAGUGUUGUCGAUCCUGAAAACGCCGACAUAACAUACGGAAAGCUUAUCCAUGCCGGAAUUUUCACUGAGCAACAAUAAAUGUAUAUAACCGUGUCACGGCAUCGUGCACCAAAGUGUAUUGUAUCAUACAUAUAUAUAUAUAUUUUUUUUCCUUUUAUUUUACAUUGAAAAGGAAUGAGGAGCCAGUUGGGGUUUCGUCACAAAGUCGUGCGGCUCGCAAAUUGGGCUCAUUGAAAAUAUAUAAGGAAAAAUUCCUAUCAAAAGUGUCAAUUUUCGAGUUGUAAAUAUUUUUCCUGUCAAAAAUUGUGACUCUGGGGAGAGAACGUUGAUGUUCUCCCGUUAUUUUUUCACUCUCUUGUGUCCCAGAAUACAUUGAAAAUAGUGGGAAAACAUUGGAGGACGUGUACCGGCUGAUUUCUUGUCCAUUCCUCAUUUCGGAGCAGAAGGUGAAAAGAAAGCUUUAGAAAAUUAACUAGAGUUUUGUGAAUGUAAUACUAUCAUGAUCAUUCACAAACAAACCAGUGAUACGGCGAAGGAACCACGAAAAUACUUGGUUGAUAUCUGAGUUCAAUCUCCUCCAAAAAAAAAUUGAACCUAUUUUUGUUUUGUUUUUGUUUUUUUUUUAUUGGUGUUGUUGUUAACAAUUUGGGAGUACUCAGGGCCACUAGUGAUCAAUUGAGUUUUGGACUAAAGAGAAUUUCCCGACGAUUGCAAGUGUUAGAGUUACGAUGAAUGGGUUUAGUACGGGUGAGGAAGACUCUCGUGGUGCAGCUGAUCAGAUAUGCUGUCUAGUUGAUGACGGUGAGAGGUGCACAAGGGCAGCUGGAAAUGCAUCGUACAGUAAAAGAAUUUCAAAAACAGUGACUCAGAGACGUCUUAAAUUAAACACGGAUCCUGGGGUACGUCAUACCUAUAUCUGUGAUUACCAUAAACAAAUGAUUCAGUGCGCUAGAUCAAAACAACAACAGCAGAGAAGACGGAAAGACUCCGAGGAGGAUUCCGGUGAAACAGACAACGAUCUGCCCGAAGUGGAUCUAUUUCAGCUUCAAGUUGGAACCCUCAGGAGAUAUAAGAAACAUUUUAAGGUCUCCACGAGACCUGGCCUCAAUAAAGCACAAUUAGCUGAUACACUAAUGAAACACUUCAAAACAAUUCCCGUUGCUGAGAAAGAGGCCCUGAGUAUUUUCUUCUACACUGUCAAAACAAAUGCCAACAAACUCGACCAGAAAAAUGGCCUCAAUAAUGACGCAACGUAACCAAUACUCUCAGUGUUACAAUUAAAUUCAUCCCCAUCAAUAACAUAAUUAUUAAGAUUUUUAUUAUAAUUUUAACGAUAAUUUUUUCUUCUUCCUCGGGGAGAUGAAAACUGAAUCAUGUAUGAAUGAUUAUACAAAAAAAUAAUUGUGAAUUUAUUUGAAAGAAUUUUUUAAAUUGUUGAUAGACGGCAGUAUAUUUUAUAAGAAUUAAUUAUAAAAUUGAUGGAAAAUAAUUUCAUACAUUAUUUCAAGAUUUACCAGAAAUUUUUUCUGUAUUUAUUGGACACUCUUUCUUUACUCUUCUUUUGAUAUUUUUCCAUCAGCGUAAAUCACUCGUUGAGACUGUGCACGUGGUCUCCUCUUCACUGUCACUCAGUUCUAGAUGAAUGAAAAAUAAGAAAAUUUAUUUGAGAAUAAUUGAAUAAAUCUUUUUACGAAAAA